UUGUCUUUCCCUAUGAUCUCUUCGGUGAGGAGAUUCGUCCCACGUUCUGUCCGGUCCUUGGCAUCUAUAUCUUCCAGCCAUGUAGGCCCUUUCGCUGUAUUUGACCGGAAAGCAAAACAAUUACAACGCGACCGGGCAGCAGCAAAGGACGGUGGAAAGUCGAGUGCAACCGUCGACUACGUGAGGGACGAAGUGGCUGACAGGCUUUUGGAGCGUCUUGAAGAUAUCAACAGAAAGUUCAGCACGAUCCUUGACCUGGGCUCCGGACCUGGUCAUUUCGCAAGAUUACUCGGUCCAGAAAAUGCAACGAGAUGCAUCAUGAUAGAACCAAGUGAAAAGACCCUCUACCGUGAUCCAGACACGAGUUUUGAAGUUCCUGUAGAAAGAAUCCACGCAGACGAAGAGGAACUCUUGCAAAUCGUAGAACCGAAUACUCAAGAAGCAAUUGUAUCAUGUCUGAGCCUACAGUGGAUAAAUGACCUACCAGGCAUGCUUGUUCAAAUCAACAGAGCACUGAGACCCGAUGGAUUAUUUCUUGGGGCAAUGUUUGGUGGUGAAACGCUCUUCGAGCUUCGGACGUCAUUACAACUUGCUGAGGUGGAUCGUGAAGGAGGCAUUUCUCCUCAUGUCUCUCCAAUGACCGAUACUCGCGACGUAUCCAACCUCCUAGGCCGCGCAGGGUUCACUCUCCUAACUGUUGAUAUCGACGAAGUCAAAGUAGCCUAUCCAAGUAUGUGGGAGCUGAUGGAUGACCUUAGAGACAUGGGGGAGAGUAAUGCUGUUAUCGGACGACGGCACUUCAUACACCGCGACACGUUGACCGCUGCCUCCGCAAUAUACAAAGAACUCCACGGAAACGAAGACGGCACUGUGCCAGCUACGUUCCAGGUGAUAUUCAUGAUUGGAUGGAAGCCCGAUCCAUCCCAGGCAAAACCGGUAGAUAAGAAGUCAACGAUGCAAAAUGUGAUAUAAUAGAUAUUGUGUAUGAGUUCCUCAGGAACGUGCGGUUGAAAGAAGUCCACGUGG